AUGGCACUCACUUUAACCGCGAGUACUGUCGUCGCGUCGGUUAAGCCGACGGUUUCGUCCAACAGACGAUCCUCCAAGGUCGCGUCGUUCUCCAAGACCGUCGUUUCUGCCCCGAUUGUCUGGUACGUUUCCUAUGCGUGUUCUUUAUUUUAUUGUACCCGUUCGUUCGUUCGUUCGUCGUUCGGGAAACACAACCGAAGGAUCAAAGUCUUUCAAACAAAGUUCCCGAAAGAAGAAGAGGAUAAAAAUUAUACUCUCUGCUCUUUCUCCUUUUUUCUUCGAAACAAAAGAAACGUCGUCCAACAAAAAUCCCGCAAAUCCGUCGCCACCGCCGCGUUGUCGCCGAUGGAAAUCUCCCAAAUCGCCGACGCCGCCGCGGAAAUCGGGGACGUCGCCACCACUUUGUUCGGUUGCACCCUCAUCGGUUUGGCGCUCGGUUUCGUGUUAUUGAGAGUUGAAUCCACCGUCGAAGGCACGGAUUAA